CGAGGAGGAGGAGGAGAAGGAGGAGGAGGAGCAGGGGGGGACCGAGACGUCCGGAGCUGAACGCUGAAAAGGGCAUUUAAACAAAGGGGACUCCUGCUUUUAUUUCAAUCACAAUCCCUUUUUUUCGGCUAAGUCGACAUUUUAGCGGGAAGAGAGCACACCAGUUGACUGGCAGUGGACGCCGCCAAGGACAUACCUACGAACAAGUUGUGGACCAAGAAUCGGGGAGUCGGGAGAAGAAGAAAAACCAGGGAACACCUCCCACAAGAAGGAGAUACCUGCUUGUAUCCCCUCCUCUUGACGACGCACUGUAACAACGCAAUACUAGACCUCUGUUUUAUGAGUUGGUGGGCAGGAAAGAACUGAGCCUGCUCAUGAGGCUCCAGACAACUUUUGCAGCGACCUGCAUGCCUGGCCUGGGAGCAACUUUGGAGAAAGAUGUGGCAAAUGUUUAAAUUUUUGGUUGUUUGUUUAGGAGUGUCUUGAUAGAACAGUGCAAACAAGAAUUCAAACGCCAAGAUAAAAAUCAUCUUGCAGGGCUGCAGAGUCAUUGGUGUCAACUUGACCUCCAAAUCUACAUUCUGAGCCAUGGUGGCAAGAGCCACCGUUGUCUCGUCCUCAAGGACUAGUGCAGCUUAAACUGUUCUUUGUGACGUUGCUUAGACUUUAAGAAGGGUAGCAAUAGCGCGGUGGUCGGCCAGAAGGAUGGACCGUCACGCCGACUGCUGCCCCUGUGAUCCAGAGGAGAUGGAUGGGGGGCUGGAUGAACCGCUGCUUCAUGGCAUCCACGCAACCAACCGGAUGCGCCCGUCUUCUUACCGCGCCUUACGCAGUGCUGUGUCCAGUUUGGCCCGCAUUGACGACUUCUUCUGCGAGAAAAUAGGCUCGGGCUUCUUCUCUGAGGUCUUUAAGGUGCAGCACAGGAUCACCGGGCAGGUGAUGGCGCUGAAAAUGAACACGCUCGCAAGCAACAAGGCUAACAUGCUGCGAGAAGUCCAGCUGAUGAACAGGCUUUGUCACCCCAAUAUACUCAGGUUUCUUGGGGUGUGUGUGCACGAGGGACAACUCCAUGCUCUGACUGAGUAUAUAAAUGGCGGUAGCCUUGAGCAGUUGUUGGAUAGUGAUCUGUACCUGUCCUGGGGUAUCAGGAUGGGUCUAUCUCUGGACAUUGCCCGAGGACUGCAGUACCUGCAUAACAAGGGAAUAUUCCACAGAGACCUCACCUCCAAGAACUGUCUGGUGCGCUGUGACAACGGCGUGUUUACUGCAGUGGUGGGGGACUUCGGCCUGGCAGAGAAGAUCCCCGAUUACAGUGAUGGUGUGGAGCGGCAGCCCCUGGCCGUGGUGGGCUCCCCAUACUGGAUGGCCCCAGAAGUGCUCAGAGGAGAGCUCUAUGAUGAAAAGGUCGAUGUGUUCGCCUACGGCAUAAUCCUGUGUGAGAUCAUUGCCAGGGUAGAAGCUGAUCCAGACUUCUUACCAAGGACCGAGGACUUCGGGCUGGACGUGGAGGCUUUUGAGAACAUGGUUGGAGAUUGUCCACCUGCCUUCUUCAACUUGGCAGUCACCUGCUGCAAUAUGAGUGCAGCGGAGCGUCCCUCUUUCUCCGGUAUCGUCUUCACUCUGGAGGAAAUGGAGAAAGAAGAGGUGCAAAGAGAGAAGCCCAUCACUUUAGAAACUUUGGCGAUAGAAGUCAGUCCCUAUCGGCACCGCAGCUCACCAUGUCGUCCAGGUGAACACAUCCAACAGCAGCAACAGCUGUCGAGGAGCCAGUCGGACAUGUUGACCCCGGUGACCCUGAUUCCUUCCGUCCUUGGGACCCCUGUAAGGGUCAAUCCCUUCUCUCUGAGACGGGACCUGAAUGGCGGAAGGUGUAAACUCUUAGACACGCCGAGCAAGUCUGUUAUCUCAUUGACCUUUACCCUCCCAGCUCCCCAUGACCCCUGCACCUCCCCAAACCUUAGAACAGGGACCUCAGGGAAGGCCAGAGCACCCCCAAGGAGAUGUCAAUCUCUUCCUUGCACCCCAGAACUUGGCCGACCUAUACCACUGUUAAGAGAUAAUGAUGUAAAGGAGGAGAUAGAUGAGGUGUCCAAAGUUGAGAUGGAGGAUGAUGUGCUGGAAGAUGUGUGCCAGAGAGGGAUCUUGGUAGAGGGGCGGGAUGUGGCUAAGAGGUUGGAGGUAGGGGAAAAGCUAGAGGAUUCCGGUUUCCCCCUUGAGCUGGAAAUGGUUUCUCUCGAGCGACUAGAAGAAGAAGAGGUGGAGAGGGAGCAGGAGGAAGGCGAGUGUCAAGCUGAGCCCAUGGACUGUACCAAGUCCCCGGAGCCUGCUGAUGGAGGAUCCACCUCAACACCGGCCAGAUCUCUACUUACCUCCACCACCGUUUGCUCUGUACGGACAAAUGGCUGGUCACUUCCUGUCUCCAACGGACCAGCUUUAUUGCCUCCCCUGCCCCAACUGGACAAUAAUAAUGGCUCGCCUGGCGUAGUUGGACGACAGGUACAAUGGGGAAGAGGGGGGCGGGCUAAUGGUUACCAUGGUGCGCACCUCCUUGCCUCAGAACCUCCUGGCUCUUCUGAGCAGGAAGAUGUCAUUUCUUGUCCCGGCUGCUGUCUGGUAGGCCUGAGUCUUCCCUCUGUGUGCCUCCGUGGUUCAGCUGCCAUGCCCCCCUCCAGGCGACGUACUUCAUUAUCAUGGCAACGACAAUACAGGAACUUCAGUGGAACUGUAACAGGCGGUGGUGCCUCUACAUCAACAACAGCCACCGCAGCAACCAAAACUUUAUUAUGUCGUAGCAUGAAUGGACUAGCAGCCGCUCCUCCCUCAGCACCGUGUGAGCCUGGCUUACCACUUCCAGGGGCACAGACUUAGCCAGAGAUCUGAUUCCAAUUGGCUUCAAUUAAACAGACAUGAUGUACCUGCCCUAAGUGCUAGCAAGCAACCAUCCAGGUAUUCGCUGCUACUAAGGAAACCCUAAAGGAAAGUAACUCCCAGUUAAUAAGAGGUGCUGCUCUGCUUAGAAACAACAGCAAGCAGUGGGGAAGGCUGUUUGUGGAUCGCUUUGAGAGUGCCACCUGGUGGGCUGGAGGAUUAAAUUACAUGAAACAUCUACUUUGUCAGUCAGGGACAAGAACUUUCAGUUCUGAGACGGGGCUAAACUGAAAGUGGUCGAGCAGUUGAUCUGAACUGAUCCGAAAUAAGGUAAACUGAAAGGACUGUCUCAACUCUACAGAAGCAAAUCAAAGUUGGAUAAAUCUGUAGUGCUGUACUAACCUGUUGAGAUGCUUAGAUUUUGGUAUGGAAAAGACAAGUCUUAUUUUGUUAGCCUGAGUACAGGGCGAAGUGUUUCCCCUAUGCUUUCCAUAGCAGUGGUAGAUGAAGGGAAGUUUUAUCCCUCCGUUUUCUGAUUCCUACAGCGGUAAGCACUGAUAAAACCUUUCUUAUUUGGACGCUUUAAAAUUAGGAUUUUUAACAUCACAUGUUUUGUGACUUGGGGAAUUUGAGACUUAUUCAGAUGAUUUUUCUGUAGAUGUUCUGUCGGUGUCUAUGUUUUAUUUAUUUUCUUUUUUUGGUCCACCUUUGUCUAAAGAAUGUAGUGAAAACAGCUGCGCUGAACCAAACUGUAUUGGCUCCAAUGGGUUUGAUGCCAGAAAAGGAUGAAAUGUAAACAAGUGUAAGAUUAAAAUGUAAAGAAGUGUACCUGGCUAGUUUAAAUGCAUAAUGGGGAGUCGAUAACAAUAUUUUUUUAAUCUAUUUAAUAAAAAUUAAAGUAGCUGCAGGGGCGAUGUUUGAUACCAGUAAAGAUGAUCGUAUAUACUUCAUACAUUUUUAUUGCAGUUUUUGUGUGCGGGCUUGCCUGCACACACGUGUUUGUGUGUUGCUGGCUGAUAUUAGGGAAUUUGAGAAUUUAAAGGGAGAAUCUUUUCACGGACUUGUGUCAGCUGAGUUAUAUUUAAACAGUUUGUAUUAAACACAUAGUGCUUUAUAUAAAUAUGUGUAACUGGUCCCUCUCCCCAUAACAUCCAUUCUCCUCCACAUGUAUGCGGUGUGUGUGUGUGUGCGUGCGUUUUGAUUACCCUGUUGUCAUGAAUUUAUGAGCGAAAUGUUAGUAUGGAUAUUGUACAGGUCAUUCCACACACUGUGUGUGUAUGUGUGUAUGUGUAUGAGAGGAAAACGGUGGUAGAUACUCACAGGAUAACAUUUAUACUGUCAUUUCUAAUGUCCAGCUAUGGUUUUCUGGUUUCCCUGUUCAGUAUGAGUAGAAACCUGUGUGCAAUAAUCUAAAAUUAAAUAAAUAUGAUGGUGCACAAUUUCACUUAA